UUCUCCUUUCCGAAGAAAUGCCACAUGGCGAUUAACUCAGCCUUUCGGGAACUGGGGCUAUCAACGGUUUCACACCACAGAAUACGUAUCUCCCCCGUUUGGAGUACAUGUAUCUGAAUGAACCCGUACUUAUGAUUGCUGAACUCCCCAUGCGUAAAACCCUUCUUGGAAUGUGGACAUCCGCGGUCGAUCGGACCUGGGCGCUCUUCCGCGGCAGGCGAGUCCGACACUAGUUGGCUAACAUUUGCAAUUCUUUUUCUCUCCUUCAUUCUGAGUUCUUCAUCUUCGCCAUCUAUCUCAUCAUCUCAUUGCUUCAUCUGUCUCACGUCGUCUAAUAUCUACAAUAUGUCGAUGCCAGGUGACGGUACGGCUAUUGAGCCAGAUGACUACGAUGCCGACUCGACUUAUGAGGGGUCGCUCGGCGAUGCCAGCUACACUACGUCGAUCACCUCGAGUGCCAUGAAAUACACGUACGAGAACGGUCGCAGGUAUCAUUCAUAUCACGAGGGCGAAUAUGUUUUGCCAAACGAUGAACAAGAGCAGGAUCGUCUCGAUUUGAGCCAUCAUAUUUAUAAAAUGCUCUUCCGCGGCGCGCUGCAUCGCGCUCCCAUCGAUGAACCCCGGCGCGUGCUGGAUAUCGGGACGGGGACGGGUAUUUGGGCCAUUGACUUUGCCGACGAACACCCUGAAGCAGAGGUCAUCGGAAACGACUUGAGCCCAAUCCAGCCGUCCUGGAUUCCCCCCAACUGCCGCUUCGAAGUCGACGACUACGAACAACCCUGGUCCUACAGCAAGAACUUCGACUAUAUCCACGGCCGCGAGCUCGAAGGCUUCAUCCGCGACCACGACCACGUCUUCCAGCAGGCUUUCGAACAUCUCGCACCGAAAGGAUACUUUGAAAUCAACUCGUUCGAGGUCAACACCUACUCCGACGACGAUUCGCAUCUCAAGGCCAAAUGUCUUGUUGAAGCUGUUAAUCUCAUGCACGAAUCGUCAGAGAAGUUCGGAAAGCCUAUGAGCACUACGCAUACUUGGAAGGAGAAGAUGGAGAAGGCGGGAUUUGUCAACGUUACCGAGGAGAUUUACAAGCUCCCGCAAUCCCCCUGGCCCAAAGACCCCAAGCUCAAGGACCUCGGCCGCUACCACCAAGUCAACAUGUUCGAAGCCAUCGGCCCCUACUGCUACGCGCUCUUCACGCGCAUCCUGGGCUGGAGUAAAGAGGAGAUCGAAGUCAUGGUAGCGGGUAUGCGUAGGGAGCUGAGGGAUCUGUCGAUCCACCUUUAUACAAAGGUGCAUGUUGUUUAUGGGCAGAAGCCGGAGUGAUGGUGUUGCGUUUUUGCAUUUGGAGUAUUGAGUUGUGCAUUCGUUAGCUUUUAAGCGCAUUCUUCUUAAUAUGUGAUAUCCUGUCGUUACUGAUACUUUGAUCCGUGGAGGUAAUUCUGGCCAGAAGUCCGGAC